CGCUCUGCUUUCCAGUUCGCCCUCAAGUCGCUCUCUUUCGAGCCCCGAUCCUAAUUGCAGCAUUUUUGCUUGCGUCCCUUCUUUGAGUUCGCUCAUCACAAUCUUUACUGGCCUUUGGCCGUCCUAUCAUUUCCAUCACGUGUCGUCGUUUAUACUGUUAAUACUGUAAUCAUGGUCGCCUCAAUCUUCUCACGCGUUGCUUUUGCAACUGGGCUUCUUGCCUCUACUGCUUCGGCCGCUUACGAUGCCUCCGCCAAGUCAAAUGUCGCUGUUUACUGGGGACAGGGAAGCAACCAGAUGACGUUGCUCGAAGUCUGCUUGGAUCCUAACGUAGACAUUGUCAACAUUGGCUUCGUCAACAAGUUUCCUAAGAAGCGAGGCGAAUACCCUGGGACAAACCACGCCAAUGCUUGCGGUGAUGCAACUUACACCGACCCGACCACCAACCAGCCCAGCAAGCUACUCAGCUCAUGCCCUGGCGUUGGUGAAGCCAUCAAUGCUUGCAAGAGGAGGGGCAAGAAGGUCAUGCUCUCGCUCGGUGGUGGCUGGCCAACUGACUACUAUCUCCCAACACCAGAUGUUGCAAACUGGUUUGCGGAGUUUUUGCUCGGAGCUUAUGGUCCCCCUACCGCCGAGUGGAAAGCUGCCGGCAAGCCCCGUCCCUUCGGUGAUGCCUAUGUUGAUGGUUUCGAUCUCGACCUCGAAGCUGCAGAGUGGGAUGUACCGUCCGCAGACAUGCUCUAUGCGAACUACGAUGUCUUCGGCAAGUACAUCAAGGCACACUCCAAGAUGCUUCUUUCUGGUGCUCCUCAGUGCGUUGUCCCCGAUGCUAGGAUAUUCCUUGCUCUCAAGGAGGUUCCCUUUGACUUCCUGUUCACCCAGUUCUACAACACCUGGACCUGCUCUGCUGCCAAGGCUGUACAAGACAUGAAGAACAAUGCAGAGAGCACAUUCACUUUCAACACUUGGAUUUCUUGGCUAAAGAACAACUCCAAGAACCCAGACAUUAAGCUCUACCUUGGAUUGGCUGCAGGUGAAGAUGGCCUUCCUACACACAAGGACCACUACCUCGCCCCAGAGGACGCCAAUAUGCUUGUUCAAUCGCUCCAGGGCGACAGCAUGUUUGGUGGUAUUAUGCUUUGGGAGGCGACCGUCUCUAAGAACAACCCGACUUACGACCAGUCCUACGGUACUUGGAUGAAGUACGCUGUUCAGGGUACUUUCAAAGACAAGUACCAUCCUGUUGUAUCUUCUAGCUCUGUGGUCUCUUCGACAAUCACACCUUCCAGCACUCCUGCCUCCAGCAUUUCCGCAUCCAGCACGCCCGCUUCGAGCACUCCCGCUUCGAGCAUCCCGGCCUCCAGUAUUCCUGCGUCGAGCAUUCCGGCUUCCAGCGUCCCUGCUUCCAGCGUUCCUGCGUCAAGCACCCCAGCCUCAAGCACUCCAGCCUCAAGCACUCCGAUCUCUAGCGUCUCGGCCUCUAGCUAUCCCGCCUCCAGUGUUUCCGCUUCUAGCACUCCAGGUUCUAGUAUCUCUGCUUCCAGCAUCCCCGUGUCCAGCACUCCCAUCUCUAGCGUCUCGGCUUCUAGCAUUCCUGCCUCUAGCUAUCCCGCCUCCAGUGUUUCCGCUUCUAGCACUCCAGGCUCUAGUAUCUCUGCUUCCAGCAUCCCCGUGUCCAGCACUCCCAUCUCUAGCGUCUCGGCUUCUAGCAUUCCUGCCUCUAGCAUUCCCGCUUCCAACAGCGUUACUAUGGUUAGCUCCAGCUCUAUUGAAAUUUCCAGCAGCACCCCUGUUGGACCAUCAUCUGUCCCUACCGUCUCGGCACCCGAGAGCAUUGGCAGCUCUGUCGUUGUUCCUUCAGGUAGCGAGACCUCAACUUCCUGCAGUACUUCAAACGGUGCCUAUCCUACCGGUGUCAACUCCAGCUACGGCGUCUAUCCUACUGAGUCAGCAGUGUACCCAAUUGAGACAUACUCUGCCAGCAAGGGUGCCGAGUACCCCGCUGAGAGCUCCAAGGGCUACGGAGAGUACCCAGCUGCGUCCAGCACUGGUUACGACAGCACGCCUUCCGUCACCAAGAAGCCUGAGCAAUCCGAGUACCCAACUGUUCCCACUGGCUCCACCACCAGUGUCGUUACCACUACCUACGUCGAUGUUUGCCCCACCGGUCUUACCACGGUCACCGCGACGUACGUUGCGACUGUCUGCACCAAGUGCGCGAAGCCCACCGGCACCGCCGAUGUUCCUGAGGGAUGGACCACGAGCGUAUACACUGCCAGCACCUUGACUGUGACAAUCACCAAGCCCGUUGCCACCGUUACUGCUGUGCCUGAGUACCCAUCCUCUGCUCCUUCGGUCGUGUACCCUGCGGAGUACUCUGCCACGCCAAUUUCUUCUGGCAAGCCUGCAUACCCAGCCGUGCCCGAGGCUUCCAAGGUUGCGUAUCCUACCAUUCCUGAAGUCUCCAAGGCUGCGUAUCCUGCCGUCCCUGAAGUCUCCAAGGCUGCGUACCCUGCCGUUCCCGAAGUCUCCAAGGUCGCUGAAUACCCUGUGGCUCCUGCAUCUUCUGCGGCCCCUGAGUACCCAGCUCACUCUAUGCCUUCUGUGCCCUCCGCUGCUCAGCCCGCCUCUUCGCCUGCUGCUGAGUACCCCUCGUAUCCUGUUGGCACCGGCUAUCCCAAGAAGCCCGUGGAGCAUGAGGUUGUCAGCAGCAUGCACGUGACUCUCAGCAAGGUUGCCGUUUCUACUUACAUUCCUGCGCCUUACCCAUCGGCUGGUGUUCCUUACAUCCCCGCCGGCCCUGCUAAGAACGCUACCAGCGUGUAUGUCCCCAUGCCCACUGGUACCGGCAAGCCCGUCACACCUCUCCCAUCUAUGCCACCGCAGUUUGAGGGUGUUGCUAGCCGCGCCAGUGUCGGCUUCAUGAUGUUUGUUGGUGCUGUCGGUGCUGUUUUUGCCAUGUAAAUUCUUUGGAUAAGAGUUAUUCAUGCAUGGUGGUGAAAUGUGUUGCAGUUGCUUUGAUUCUUAUGUAAAUAAAUCCUUAUAUCCACGUUCUACCGAAUAAAAUUUGAUGUCGCGCAAUUACUUGCACUGCUCAUG